AAGUUUUUUUUUGUUUUUUUUCUCAUGCUUGUGCAGAUUUGAAUGUGAAUCAGAGAGGGUCAUCAGCGCCCCCUGUUGUUUGGGUAUAUUAACGUAGUGAUUCUUUCCGACCUUCCUUUUCUUCCAAUGAAAGUUUGACAAGUCAUUUCCUCAUACAAAGGCUGUACUAAACUUAGGAAGUGUUUUGUUUGCAAGUCAGAUGUGUUCUCAGAGAAAUCUUUAUUCAGUCUGUCUCUAAAUGGCGCUUGAGGAUGAGCUGUCUUGUCCUGUGUGUACUGAACUCUUCAGUGAUCCGGUGUUAUUGAGCUGUGGACACAGUUUCUGCCGGCAGUGCAUUAAUAGUCACUGGACCUCCAGCAAAUCCAGAAACUGUCCCGUCUGUCGACAGGUGUCACCGCAGGAACCGGUGUCCAACCUGUGCUUGAGAAACACCUGUGAGUCUUACCUGAGAGAGAAAAACAAGAAAGAGCAGAAGGAUGGAGAACACGAGUGUCCGAUACAUGGAGAGAAAAUAGAACUGUUCUGUCAAAAUGAUGAACAGACUAUAUGUGCAACAUGUAUGGAUUAUGAGCACAGAUGGCACAAAACACAGCCUUUACAACAGGCUGUAAAACAACGCAAGGGGAAGCUGAAAGUGGCUCUUCGUCCGGCUGAGAAUAUGUUGUUGUCAUUACGGAAUGGCGCAGCGAAAGAUGCUAAGAUCUCUAAAUACAAUCAGACAGAGAGAAGAAUCAGAGAGGAGUUUAACAAACUCCAGCAGUUCCUCAAAAAGGAGGAGGAGAGCAGGAUAGCGGCUCUAAAUGAAGAAGAGAAAGAAAAGAGAGGGAAGAUGAAGAGAAAAAUAAGCUCGCUCUCAGACAGACUGCGGGAGGUGGAGGAGAAGAUGAAGGACGACGAUGUCACCUUCCUUCAGAAUUAUAACAGCAUUAUGAACAGGGCUAAACAGACACUUCCAGAUUCAGAACUGAGUCCAGAAGCACUUAUCGAUGUUCAAAAACAUCUGGGCAACUUGAAGUACCAAGUCUGGGAGAAGAUGAAGGACAUCUGCCCUUACUACCCUGUGAUCCUGAAUCCAAACGCAGCUCCACCAGACGUCUCCAUGUCGAAUGACCUGACCUCUGUGACCUCAUGUGUCCGUCGGCAGGACGAGCCCAACCCGCUUCUUCUGCACAGGAGCCGUAUGGUGUUGGGGAGCGUGGGAUAUGGCAGUGGCGUUCAGAUGUGGGACAUUGAGGUGGGAAACAGUCGCCACUGGAGCCUUGGAGUGUGUCUUGGAUCAGAGGAAAGAUCUUUUGUGCAAAUGUUGAACCCUGAAAACCCCUGCUGCUGGGGUCUCAGACGUGAUGGAGAUGUAUACAAAUUCCUGAACACUACAGCUACGUUCAAGCUGAAAACAAAUCCCCAAGUAGUGCGCGUGAAGCUGGGGGAUUGUUUUGAUAAGAAGGGAGGAUGGUGGAGGAAUGUGAGCUAUUUUGAUGCUACACUUAAUAGCAUUUUUGCCUAUUUUCACCUGCCUGCAGGGAUGGAGCUCUUUCCAUUCGUGAUCCCAGAAAAGCGCUCCGGUCCGCUGCGUAUUGUUCCUGCUAAAGUUACUGUGACAUUUGAGCAGGUUGAAGAGGAGAGAUCUUUGCCAGAGAGACAUACUGUCUCACCAAAGGUGCGAUGGAACGUGUUGUUUCUUGUAUUGUUCUUCUUACUUGUGGUGCUGUGUGUUUUUGUAAUGUAUCAUCUGAUAUACUGAGUAAUAAACUGUUUGUAACUCAUCAUUGUUUUAAACUACUCCGUAUCAUGGGAACCGACUGUAAUAAUAGCUACUACAAAGCUUGCGAAAACACAUUCGAUCGGAUUGUUGCAUGGACGCUCGUGGUCGAAUGCAGUCAAACAGACACUAAAGACCGCCUCUUCUCCGCCUACAGAUCAAACAUGUAAUCAGGCACAUGUUGUUGGGAAGCGUGCUAGUCAAAAUAUGUCAUUUCUAUAAAUAAAAUGCUUUAUAGUCACUGUUAGGCACAUUGAUCAUAAACACGGUUAAAAUGCAUCCUACCAGUGGCCUUCCUUCAAUGCAUUUUUUAUCAUAGGUAGAUAUUUCAAUACAAGCAUUUCAGACAAAUGUAAUUUA